ACGAGUGUAACUGCAAAAAGUGACACGGCUGAAGUCAGUCCGAAUUAUCUGCUAACACUGUUGAUCACAAAACGACGAGUGUGUUUGCUUGAGGCUGGAACGGAUCGUAUUGAGAAGAGCUGGAAAAAAUUCCGCGAAGAACACAUCGAAACGGCACAUCUUUUGUCGUUUGCUAAUCUAUCUCAUAGUGGCACUCCAGUUCAUCCGUUGCACUUCCAAAGAUAUGCCCGAAGUUUGGGAAUUGAUAAUGAAUGCCAUGUGAUUGUCUAUGAUCGCGGUGAUACCAUAUGGGCGACGUAUGCAGUCUGGAUAUUCAACGUA